ACCGGCCAAUCGCGGAGGUGGAGUGGAAUUGCGCCAACAAGAGUCUCGAGUAUUGGCGAGCAUGCACUUCAACUUGCAAUACAGAUACAAAGCCAACAACCCCGAGGCACAUCUGCCAGAGAGACAACUCGAUUUCUCGGAUGUAUCGUAGCGUCAUGUGUCUUCUAUGACUGCAUUCGGAAUCGCAGAGGUGAACAUGGAUGCCCGCCGCUGGAACAUAUGCUGAAGACAUUCUGCGAUGAUCAUUUGAGGUGUUCUUUUAGUGACUGUUCGAACCGCGUGUGUACAGGCACAAGACUCUCUCAUGGCAUGGAACAUCGCACUAAGUACGGCAAGACCAUUGGCGCGGGUCAAUUCACAUCAGAUCUUGCUGCAGAGUCACACCUACCGAUUUGGAUCUCGCUUGUCAAAGAGGAAAUCGAUAUGUGCGAGAACGAACACCUGGAAGCUCUGAACGAGGAACCGCGAGAAAUUUCUAGCAGCCGGAUAGCGAGCAACUUGCAUUAUGAACAAAUGGACGACUCUUUCACGGACCUGGGAACAGCGGCGCGUUUGAUUAGUCAUGUGAGCUGUUUUGGUUGUCUGGUUGAUAUCCCACGACAUCCUCUGCCAUGCGGUCAUGUGCUUUGCGACAAUUGCAUCAGAAGUUGUGGCCGGAAAACUCAUGGCAAAAUACAACUGGAGCUUUGUCCGCUAUAUAUGCACACCAGCUUCGAACCACCUUGGGAAGUCACUUGUCUAUCGGAUGACGUAGGCGUACGAGUACUUUCCCNNCUCGACGGAGGCGGUAUGCGAGGCAUCAUGGAGCUUGAGGUCUUACGAGCAAUCGAGAAAGUCCUAGGAGGGAACAUACGCAUACAAUCGUUUUUCGAUCUGGUUGUCGGCACAAGUACAGGAGGCAUUAACGCUCUGGCUUUGGGAGUGAAGCAAUGGUCUGUUCGCUAUUGCAUCGAGAUGUUUGAGAAGUUCUGUGACCAAGCCUUUACUGAGCGCGAGUUCAGAGGGCUAUGGGGCUUCGAACAAGCUGCCUUGUUGAAUCAUGGCAGCAAGUACAAAGCAACGCCUCUCCACAACGUCCUGAGAGAGACGCUGGGUAGGAGUCCUCUAUUCGGCGCUAACCACUCUCUGAAUGCAUUCAAAACCAAAGUCGCCGUCACGGCUACCUCUGCUGAUGGUAAUGAGGCCAUGAUCAUGGCUAACUAUAAUCGUCAGCGAACUUCAGGAGAUAGUCCAACCUUUGUCAGGCCAGAAAAUUCCUCACAUGAGCUCGAAGUCUGGGAAGCAGCAGCAGCGACAUCUGCAGCGCCUUUCUAUUUCAAGCCUUAUACUCACACAAGGACCGGAACGGGUUACAUCGACGGAGGAUUAUAUCACAACAAUCCAAUACACGUUGCAAAUAGGGNNGAGCGAAAGCUUCUUUGGCCUGCCAUCGCGAACAAGCAUCCUGAUAUGCUGUUGUCAAUUGGCACAGGCCAAAACCUGUCGGAGUCACGAAGAGAGGCGUUUGAACGGCGUUCACCAAGCCCUCAAGACGAAAAAAACACCAAGUNNGCUCCAACAAACAAGUCAGGAGGCAUACGCCGUACCUUCACGGCAUUGUAUCAACGAUUCGAUAACAUACUUGACGCUGAAUCCGCCUGGACCGAGUUCGUCGCCGACAUAGACAAUCGGAACGAUGGCUUCCCAAGCCCUUAUAUACGCCUCAAUCUGGAUCUCAAGAGCAAGCUACCGCCUUUCGAUGCCAAAGACAAGUUUCAAGAGUUUCGGGCCGAUGUCAGGCGGAGACUCAAGGAGUCGGAUGUGGUGCAGAUGACCAAAGACAUUGCUUGCUCUCUUGUGGCAAGCUCUUUCUACUUCAAGCUGGUUAAGACUGUACCACUGCGAGGCGGUAGCUUCAUGUGUACGGGCUAUAUCUGCUGCAAAUUUGAGGAAGGCUCAUCGAAUUUGAAAGCUCUCGGCGAGUUUUUGUCAAAGCAGCGCACGCCAGAUUUCAUGCCGGAGUUGGUUGUCCAAGAUACCUCGAGAUGUGUUUCUGGCAGAAGUACAGCGGCAAGAGGGACACAUCAGAUGCACGAUAGAUCAAGUGAAAGUCCAACAACACCAUCUCGAUCAUCGCAGGUCAGGCCAUCCCUCCCACCAAGGCCUGACUCUGCAUCACAGCCAUAUCCCUAUGCAGCACGUUCUCGUAUGGACUCUGCAGUUGAGCUUCCCCAUCAUGCUCGUGUGCCGAAACCACCACAGCAAUCUUCAACGCCAGAACCCCAUGCAAGACCUCAAAGUGUACCAGUAUAUCAAGCAUUCUCAUACGAGCGACCGGCGCCUAGAAAUGAUAUGCCUAUACAUUUGGUAGAGCGUGCUGCGAGAAAGGUUCAGUUUGAGGAUGAGCGCAAGUUGCAAAAGAGUCGCAGUGGAGAGAAAAGG